GAAGACCCACAAUUACACGUUACGCUAAAGAAUAGAAGUAUUCGACUAUUGGGUUUUAAGGGUGUAUGUGUUUAGUGCGGGUUUAUAUGCUGGUGUUACACUAAAACAACGGGGAAGGUUUCAGUAGUUUACAGUAAGGUAGUUAGUAUUACACUGACGGAACUUCCGGUUGCAACUACCACCGAUUUUUCUUCCUGGAGCCGUCUGGAGAUCCUAGUUGGGAGACCGUGUUUCCUUUUCCAGCAUUUCUUUGGUUUCGCUACACGUGCAACCAUUACAGCACGAUGGCGUCCGCCUCCGCCCAACCUGCGGCCCUGAGCGCGGAGCAGGCCAAGGUGGUCCUGGCCGAGGUGAUCCAGGCGUUCUCGGCACCCGAGAACGCCGUACGCAUGGACGAGGCUCGAGACAACGCAUGCAACGACAUGGGCAAGAUGCUGCAAUUCGUGCUGCCGGUGGCCACACAAAUUCAGCAGGAGGUUAUCAAAGCCUACGGCUUCAGCUGCGACGGGGAAGGUGUUCUUAAGUUUGCCCGCUUGGUCAAGUCUUAUGAAGCCCAGGAUCCCGAAAUUGCCAGCCUGUCCAGCAAGCUGAAGGCGCUGUUCCUGCCUCCCAUGACGCUGCCGCCCCACGGGCCUGCUUCAGGUGGUGGUGUCGCUGCCUCCUGAGGGUUGGCCUCCCCUAUAACACUUCCUGGGAAAAUCUUGAUGUUCCCGAGGAUAAUAAACAUACCUGUGACUUA